AUGGCCGGCAUAAAGAGAUGCCCUCCCGUCAGCACCGCAGCUGGAGUGGGGAUGGGGUGUGUGGGAUGGGGUGUGUGGGAUGGUGGUGGUGUGUGCCAUGGGGUGGGGUGUGAUAAGGGUGGUGUGUGCCAUGGGGUGGGGUGUGAUAAGGGUGGUGUGUGCCAUGGGGUGGGGUGUGAUAAGGGUGGUGUGUGCCAUGGCAAGGCGUGUCUCCCACAUAUUGCCCUCCUCACCGCUUCUCUGCUCCCUCACUCUCUCGCCGCCUCAACACCCCUCCCCUGGCAAUUAUUGCACACACCCCACAUUCCCUCCCUGCCUGCUCCAAUUGCUCCUCCUCCUCCUGCUGCUGCUGCCGUGGCACCCUCCCCUUCGCCCUCUGGCCAUUCAUCCGUGCCCCCCGUCCACCAUAUACCAGCCCCUCCUCCCACCCUCCUUGCCGCACCUGCACCCGCUUCCCACCCUAUCCCCACCCGCGUCCCCACCCCUCCUCUGCUCUCCGUGCAAGGCCCCCACCUUCCCCAGCUAGCCCAUGCACCACCACACGCCAUCCCAUGCCGCCCCACGCUGCCAUCACCGCAUGGAGCAACCCUCAAGGAGCCACACUUGGCAGCAUCACCACAGCAUCCCCCUCAUAGCGUCGUCCACCUUCCCUCCGCCUCUGCUCCUGCUACUGCUGCUGCCGCUGUCCCGAUGGCCCCUCCACCCCCACCACCUGUCCGCGUCUCACCCUUGCCUCAGACUGACCUGCCUGCUGCCUCUGCACUCCCACCUGCUCGCUUGCAGCAGCAAGCAGACGGAGAGAGGCACAUGCACUCCCUGCCACCCACUGCCCUCCCAACCACCCACGCACGAACUGCCACUGCAGCCUCUGCUGCCGCUGCCUCAGCUGCAGUCGCUGCUCCCACGCACACAUACACGACUGGGCGCAAGUCAUUCCCCCCAUCCCUCUUCCUCCCCCGCACUGACCCACUUGAUGCCUCCGCUCUCCCCUCCCCCACUCCGCCCUCCUCCACUAGACGCACCGCUUUCCCCCCGCAGCAACCACCGUCCACCCAUCUUUCCCCGGCUGGGGAUCAACCGCCUCUCAGCAGCCCCUUACAACCCCCUCCUGCCAAAGCCCACUCCACUGCUGCUCCCCACCUGCAAUUCCCCCCAGGCUUCCCUUCCCCAGUAGAACCCUCAUCGCUCACCCCCAAGCCGUCCCCCGUGCCCCUGCUGCCACCACCACCCCUUGCAUUCCCACGCCCCCUUACAAGUCUGGGGAAACUGAGGAAGGAAGGCGAAGCGGAUGAAUCAGCUAGAGCAAAUGACAGGAAAGGGGAGGAGCACAAGGCAUCGGAGGAUGGGAAGAAAGCAGGGGGGCGAGAUGAGGUAAAGCGCGAGGAAAGGGAGGAAUCUGCACCAAUGAGUGCUGCUGAUUCAAGCAAGCCAGAGGUAGUUGCUGAUGGUGAUGCGGAGGCCGAGAUGGGCAGGCAGGGGGAGUCUGAGACAGCACAUGGUGCUUGUGCGGAGGGCAGGGGUGUGAUAAGCGGGGUGAGUGGAGGAGAAGGGCCGAGGAAGGAAGAAGGGUGCGAUGGGCAUGCCACAGAAGCUGUUGCAAGUGAACCAACGCACCUCCAGUCAUCAGAGCCGUGCUCAGAGUCUCUCUGUGAUGAAGAGUUGGACAUUGCACUGCCUCACCCGGGCAUACUCGCCACGAGCUCCCACCCUGAAGCUGCGAGUGCAACCCACACUCUUUCUCCCCCGGCUGCUCUGGGGGUGGAGUUGGUGCGUAUGAAGGCAGAGGGUGCAGGUGGCACGGCAGGUGGUGUGGGUGGCAUUGCCGAGGCUGCAUGUGGGGCAGCAAGGGGGGUUGAUGCGCGUGUAGGAGAGCCUGGUGAUGCGCCCCUGCGGCGGCUAGACUUGGACCCAAGGCGCAGAGAGGUGGGUGCUGAGGGGGACUUGGAGGUUGUUGUUGGUGCGGGCGGAGUGGGAGGGAAGGGAGGGGGAGAGGAGGAAGAGGAGAUGAAAGGAGAGGAGGGAGGACGUGAGAGCGAGCAGCAGCAGGAGGAGGAGCGGGAAGGGGAGAAGGAGGGGGAGAAGGAAGGGGGGGAGCAGCAAGAGCAGCAGUUGGAGAAGCAGGAGGUGGAGCAAGGGGAGCAGGAGGGAGAGGAGCAGCAGGAGCAGCAAGGGGAAGGUGAGGGUGGAGGGGGGGUGUCAGCAUGUGCCUCUGUUGCUCUUGCUGCAGCUCUGCUCGCGCCCCCUGCCCCCCACCACGCCCCUGUGCACAGCAGCCGCAUCUACACGCGCCGCCGCGCCCGCUCUGGCGCCCGCAGCACUGCUGACCGCUGCAGCACCUGGGGUCGCGGGGGCGCUGACCACACAGGUGCAGCGGGGGAAGCAGGGGCAGGUGGGGGAAAAGGGGACGGGGGAGAAGCAGGGGAGGGUUGCAAGGAGGGGGAGGAGGAAGCUGGGCAAGGGGACGGGGAGGAUGGGGGUGGGGAAGGGGAGGAAGGGCACAGCAGCAGCUCUGGGGAUGAUGAGGAGGGCAUGGGGCGAGGGGCAAGCGGUGACGGGGGAAAGGGAGCACGGGGGAGGGGAAAGGGAGGAAAGGGAGGGGCAGUGAAGCUUGAUGCGGUGAGAGAGAGGCUGGUGGGGCGGGUGGCCAAGGGUAGAAGGCGAGGCAAGGGGGGAGGGGCAGCAGGGGCGUUGGGGCAGCAGCUGGCAGUGCGGGCAGCGAUAGCAGAGCGGGCGGCAGGCAGGCGCAACAUGGAGUUUGGCGCGGAAGUGAGUGUGGAGGGCACGGGCGUGGGGGGAGGGAGAAGCAGAACCCUGGCGGAGCUGGUUGUAGGGCGGGGGAGGGGGGGUGCGCGGGGGAAAGGUAGGGGGGGGAAGAAGGGGGACGGACGGGGGAGGGGGAAAGGAGAUGAGGAUGGGGAUAGGGAGGGGGAGGGGGAGGUGCGGGUGCUAUGGCUGGUGGACUCCAGUGUGGCUCCCCGCCCCAUGGGGGAGGGGGAGGGGGAAGACGAGGGGGAGGAGGGGGGGGGAAGGGGAGGAUCAGAAGAGAGUGGAGGGGAGGAAGGGGGAAAGGGGGAUGAAGAGGGUGCGGGUGACGGCAAGACGAAGGCUGGAGGGCAGGGGGAGGAGGACGGCGAAGGGGACGGGGAAGGAGGUGUAUCAGGUGGAGAAAAUGCGGGGGAGAAAGCAGUAGGGGGAGGGGAGGAGGGAGGGAGUGUGAGUGUGAGCCCAAGCGAGUGGAGGGGGGCGAAGCGGCGGCGGUGGCAGCCGGUGGUGGAAGGAGAGGGUGACGUAGCAAAGGAGCAGGGCGAGGAGGGAGAGGAGAAGGGAGAGAAAAGGGGAAAGGGUCAAGGGGAGAAAGGGGAAGGGGAAGGGGAGGACGGAGCAGGUAGUGGAGAAAAGAGAGGAGGGCGUGAGGGCGAGGGUGAAAAGAGUGAAGGUGAGGUGGGAGAAGAGGGGAAGGAGAGAAGGGAAGAGAGGAAGGGAGAAAGUGAGGUGGGGAUGAAGGGGGCUGCUGACAGGGAGAUGCCACACAGUACAGCUGCUUCUGCACCCGCCCUUCUCACUGCAGCGAAAGAAGACACAGCAGCAGCCACGGCAGCAGAAGACACAGCAGCAGCCACGACAGCAGCAGCAGCCUCCUGUCAUCCACAAAAUGUUGCCUGUGCCCCUCCCUCUCCUGCUUUUGCCCUCCCUGCUGCUGCUCCUGCGGUUGCUACCCCUGGUGCUGCCACCCCUGCCAGUGGCAUCCCUGCUGCUGCUCUGGUGACUGCAGCAGUGAGUCGGGACGGUGGAAGAGGGAACGGUGCGAGUUGGGGUGGCGGGAGUGAGGAUGGGGCUGUGGGAGCCCGUGGUGUGAAGAGGAAGGCGGGUGGGGGUGAGGAGGGAGAGGGGAGUGCAGGGCAUGCGGGAGGAGCAGGGAAAGGGUCAGGGAAGAGCAUGCGUGUGGGGGGGGAGGUGCUAGUGGGGCAAGGAGGAGGUCACAAUGGGGCCUGUGGGGAUAGUGGGGCGGGAGGGGGUAGUGGGGCAGGUGGGGAGAAACGGGAGCAGGCAGGAUUUGAAGAAGGUGGUGAGAUGGGUGUUGGAGGAGCGGAGAAGCAAGUGUGCGGAGAGCAAGGCGAGAACGCCGGUGCGGUGGGAAGUGGUGGCGAUGACAUAAAGAUGGGCGGCGUUUUCUCAGAAGACACGCUUGAUGCGAGUGGGAGGGAGGGGGUGAGAGAAGACGACAUGCGGCCACAGGUGCCAGUCAACCUGCACAGCCGCGUCCCCACACCCAUCCGCCAGGUAUGCCCCUCCGCCAGCCACAACGGCCUUCCCCUCUCUUUACCACCUCUAACCCACAUCUUCCCCUCAUUCCCUCCCUUCUUCCCCCGUCCUACCCCAUCACCACCGUCACCACCGUCACCUCCGCAGAGGCAUGUGAGCCUGUGGGUGAAUCACCACCUGCGGGCCGUUCCAGCAAGUACCAUCGGGCGCAACGACGAGACGUGGGCAGCGAUAGCAGCGGGGGUGGCAGCAGAGAGGGCGCUCUUCACCCAGGCAGCCAACAAGCGCGCCUACCUCUCCCUCUCUGCCCGCGCCCUCGCUGCCGCUCCCACCAACCUCAACUCUCCGUUUCCCUCCUCCAUUCUCGCCGCUGCUCCCGCUGUUGCUUCUGUGGGUUCUUCAGCCGGAGCUGCAUCGUCCCCAUCCAAAGCUGCAGGUUCGGCAGCUAGCUUUGUGGAUGAGGCUAGGCCGAUUUCCAUAGCUGAUGCGUUGGCUCGGGCAUCGGUGGCUCGGGCCCUCCGAGCCACAGGCUUGGAUGGGCCGUCACCUCCGGGAUCUCCUCUGAGAGAGGAUGCAGGACAGGAUGGGGGGAAGCAGGGGGACGGAGGCAGUAGUGCGAGCCCUGUGGUGCCAUCGCAACCUGCUGCUGCCGUGCACACAGGCAGGAGGCGUGACAAUGUGGAGUGUGAUUCUAAAGUGGGUAUAGGAAAGGGUGAAGGGGCUAAGGGCAGCGUGCAGGGAGAGCAGCAAGGAGGGGGGGCAGAGAUACGGAGAGCAGCAGGCAAGAGUACCGGCGCAGCAGUGGGCGAUGGUGGUCAGAAGAGCGAGCAGGGCGAGCAGGGGCGGGUGGAAGGCGCAUGGCAGGGGGGACAGGAGGGGCUGGGGGAGAGGAGGCAAGUGGGGGGCGGGGCGAGUGUUGAAGCGAUGGUCGAGGCAGUGCCAGCCCCUGGAGGAGGGGAGGGCGAUGCAGGGGAGGUGCUGGAUGGGGACUGUGGGGCCAGUGCAGGUGUAUGUGGGGGAGGUGGGACCCUCGGCAGUGAUCGGAGCGAGGGGCGUGGCGAGAAGGCCUUUCCUGUGGGGCAAUUGGGAACAGUAGCUGCUCACACGUCUGCUCCUCCUCUUGCUGCCACUGCUUCUGCUGUUGCUGUUUCUGCGGCUGCCGGUGGUGCGGGUGGGAGUGGCAGUGAGGGGGCAGGAAGGGGUGUGGUGGGCGAGGGGGGAGGCGGGCCGAGCAGCAGCGCCGCACUGCCAGCUGGCAGCACCGCCAUGCCAGCUGGCAGCACUGCUGAGUCAGCCCAGCAGGGACACGGGAGGAAAGACCCCGUUUUAAACCAGGUGGAGGUGUUUAUCCGCGAGCAUCUGCGCCCCUUGGAGCGCAGCGGAGUGAUAAGUGCAGAGCAGCGGCGCUGGGUAGCGAGCAAGGCGGCGGGGAAGGUGAUGGAGCGGCACGGGGGGGCGCGGUCAGCCGCCUUCCUCGUGAAGGAGGGCGAGGACGUGCGGCGCCUGGCAGAGCGCUACCUGCGCACCUACCACGUGCGCUUUUCUAAUGGGGGAACCGCACCCACAUCCUCCUCCUCCUCCCCACCGGCUGGCUGA